AUGGCUAGGAUCCAGGAAUACGUUCAUGUUUUCCCUGACCUCGUCGAACCCGCCACUGCAUGUUAUAUGAUGGCGGCGAUUGCAGGCCUUGUUCUCAUGUAUCUUCUCCGCAAGAGAGAGCCAAGAAUUUAUUUGGUAGACUUUAGCUGUUACCAGCCACCAAAAUCUUAUAGGCUGACGACGUCCAUGUUCCUAGAGAACGUCCUUCUGGACGGCACAGACCCUGAGAGCGCAGCAUUCCAAAUCAAGAUCCUUGAGAAAUCCGGGUUCAGCGAGGAGACUAGCAUUCCUCCGUCUCUCGCUUGCUUGCCUAUCAAGAAAUCACUCCAAUUUGCGUUGGAAGAGGUCAAAGCAGUGAUGUUUGGUGCAGUUUCAGACUUGUUCAACAAGCACAACAUAAACCCUAGAGAAAUUGAUGUUCUGAUUUCUAACAGCAGCUUGUUUUGUCCCACACCGUCUCUCAGCACUUUGAUCAUCAACAAGUUCGGAAUGAGAAACAACAUCAGAAGCUUCCACUUAUCCGGGAUGGGAUGCAGCGCCGGACUUAUUGCAGUUGGUCUAGCCAAGGACUUGCUGAGGGUUCACGAGAACUCAUUGGCUUUGAUUGUCAGCACUGAGGGAUUGCAUCUGAAUUGGUACACCGGAAAAGUACCGUCCAUGUUGCUGACUAAUUGUUUGUUUCGGAUGGGAGGAGCGGCCGUGUUGAUGUCCAGUCGGAAUCAAGACAAGAGCAGGGCAAAGUAUGAGCUGCAGCAUCUUGUCAGAACAAACAAUGCACAAGAUGAUCAGUCUCAUGCCUGUGUGUUCCAGGAUAUAGAUCCCGAGAACAAACAGGGGAUUUCGAUAUCAAAGAACAUACUCCAUGUUGCCGGAGAUGCAUUGAAAGCAAACAUUGGUGCUCUGGGGCCAUUGGUUUUGCCACUUUCGGAGCAGUUUCGAUAUGGGGUUUCGAUACUCAGCCGAAAGGUAUGGAGUGGGAGGAGGAAGAUUCACGUACCGGAUUUUAAGAAAGCUUUCGAGCAUUUCUGCAUACAUGCUGGGGGGAGAGCGGUUAUACAAGGAAUAGAGAAAAACCUGGGGCUGAGAAAAGAAGACGUCGAGGCCUCAAAGAUGGCCCUGUACAGAUAUGGAAACACAUCGUCUUCAUCGAUAUGGUACGAGCUGAGUUACAUAGAAGCGAAAGGAAGGAUGAAGAAGGGCGAUCGGGUGUGGCAAAUUGGGUUCGGGAGCGGCUUCAAGUGUAACAGCGCGGUGUGGAAGUGUGUUUCCGAUGUGGGAGCUGAGAGUGCAAACGUGUGGAGAGAAAUAAUCCAUUCAUAUCCCAUGGAGGUUCCAAACUGAGAGAGUAUAUGCAACUUUAGUGUUUAAAGCUCAAAGGACC